CUCAUCCAUGCCAAAAUGCCUUCCUUCCUUGGCUUAAAGUGUCUGGGGAGACAGUGCCUCUCUGAGAAAAGCAAAGUCGCUUCAUCUGAGAGAAGCAAUACCAGGGGCUCUUUCAGAAGGAGACUGAUUGUCCAGGACCUGAGUGUCCCUGGGAUGCCCUACUCUGCUCACAGGCAAGCCACCAUUGCCUAUUUGUUGUUUCUGUAUCCCAAGGACCGUGGCCCACCUGAGCACGGGUUGAACAGCUGUGAUCCUUUUGUGGCCCACCCGCAGGACCCUCACCACCCAUCAGAGAAACCUGUCAUUCACUGCCAUAAAUGUGGGGAGCCGUGCAAGGGCGAAGUGCUCCGGGUCCAGACCAGACAUUUCCACAUCAAAUGUUUUACCUGCAAAGUGUGUGGCUGUGACCUGGCCCAAGGGGGCUUCUUCAUAAAGAACGGGGAGUACCUCUGCACCCUGGACUACCAGCGGAUGUACGGGACACGCUGCCAUGGCUGUGGGGAGUUCGUGGAGGGCGAGGUGGUGACUGCCCUGGGCAAGACCUACCAUCCCAACUGCUUUGCUUGUACAAUCUGCAAGCGCCCGUUUCCACCUGGAGAUCGAGUCACGUUCAAUGGGAGAGACUGCCUUUGUCAACUGUGUGCACAGCCGAUGUCUUCCAGCCCCAGUGAAGCCACCUGCUCCGGCAACUGCGCUGGCUGCGGAAGAGACAUCAAGAAUGGGCAGGCGCUGUUGGCGCUAGACAAGCAGUGGCACUUGGGGUGCUUCAAAUGCAAGUCCUGCGGGAAGGUCCUCACUGGGGAGUACAUCAGCAAGGAUGGCGCUCCAUACUGUGAAAAGGACUACCAGGGGCUCUUUGGUGUGAAAUGUGAAGCUUGUCAACAGUUUAUCACAGGGAAAGUCCUGGAGGCAGGUGACAAACAUUAUCACCCCAGCUGUGCACGAUGCAGCAGAUGCAACCAGAUGUUCACAGAAGGAGAAGAGAUGUAUCUUCAAGGGUCCACCGUUUGGCAUCCCGACUGUAAGCAAUCUACCAAGACAGAGGAAAAACUGCGGCCACCAAACAUCUACCGCUCUUCCUCUGAUUUCUUUUAUCCCAAAAGUCUGAUUCGCCGCAUAGGACGGACUCCAUCUCUGCAGCCGACCAGGACCUCUUCAGAAAGUAUUUAUUCCAGACCAGGAUCCAGCAUCCCUGGCUCACCAGGUCACACUAUCUAUGCAAAAGUAGACAACGAAAUCCUGGAUUACAAGGAUUUAGCCGCCAUCCCCAAGGUCAAGGCAAUUUAUGACAUUGAACGUCCUGAUCUCAUUACCUAUGAGCCUUUCUACACCUCGGGCUAUGAUGACAAGCAGGAGAGACAGAGCCUUGGAGAGUCUCCAAGGACUUUGUCUCCUACUCCAUCAGCAGAAGGCUACCAGGACAUUCGGGAUCGGGUGAUCCAUCGAUCCACCAGCCAGGGCUCCAUCAACUCCCCUGUAUACAGCCGCCACAGUUACACUCCAACCACUUCGCGCUCUCCCCAGCAUUUCCACAGACCUGGCAAUGAGCCGUCCAGCGGCCGGAACUCCCCUCUCCCUUACCGGCCCGACAGCCGCCCUCUAACUCCAACUUACGCUCAGGCCCCUAAACAUUUCCAUGUUCCAGAUCAAGGGAUCAACAUUUACCGAAAACCACCCAUCUACAAACAGCAUGAUGCAGCUGCUUUGGCAGCCCAGAGCAAGUCCUCAGAAGAUAUCAUCAAGUUUUCCAAGUUCCCAGCAGCCCAGGCGCCAGACCCCAGCGAGAUACCAAAGAUUGAGACGGACCACUGGCCUGGUCCCCCCUCACUUGCCGCCGUAGGAACUGACAUGAGACGCAGAUCUAGUGGCAGAGAGGAAGAUGAGGAGGAACUCCUGAGACGCCGGCAGCUUCAAGAAGAGCAGUUAAUGAAGCUUAAUUCAGGCCUAGGGCAGUUGAUACUGAAGGAAGAGAUGGAGAAGGAGAGCCGGGAGAGAGCAUCCUUGUUAGCCAGCCGCUAUGAUUCUCCUAUCCACUCAGCUUCCUAUGCUCCAUCAUCUAAAACCUCAUCUCUUCCUGGCUAUGGAAAAAACGGGCUUCACCGGCCUGUUUCCACAGACUUUGCUCAGUAUAACAGCUACGGAGAUGUCAGCGGGGGAGUGCGAGAUUACCAGACCCUCCCGGAUGGCCACAUGCCUGCAAUGAGAAUGGACCGGGGCGUGUCCAUGCCCAACAUGUUGGAACCAAAGAUAUUUCCAUAUGAAAUGCUCAUGGUGACCAACAGAGGGCGCAACAAAAUCCUAAGAGAUGUGGACAGAACCCGGCUGGAGCGCCACUUGGCCCCGGAAGUGUUUCGGGAAAUCUUUGGGAUGUCCAUACAGGAGUUUGACAAGUUACCUCUUUGGAGACGCAACGACAUGAAGAAAAAAGCAAGACUCUUCUAAGUCCCACACAUAAACGGCAGUUAGAAAAAGGACUGGCAGCGGGGCAAGGCUUACCGUGUUACACUAAGGCCCAGACUUGAUUGGAGAAUUUAUAGACUGCCAUCCCUCAGCCACGACAAAAAGGGAAAUUCUGGUCCCAACACCCAUGAGCCAAACACUGGGCCAACCCACAGUAACACUUGCCAAGCAGCCAUGGGUAGAAAUUUCUAUGUUUCCAAAAUCAGCAGUAGUGUCCACAUGUGACCUUUUCUCAUGACCUCGUGUCCACAACAGGAGCUUCUUUCUUUCUCCUUCUGUUUUCCUUUAACUGUUGUCCACCCUAGUGCUGACUGUAGUGGUAAGAGCCAGCAAGUGCCCUUAGAAUGCCGCACAGGAAGAAACAGUUGUACUAAUUCCAAAGGAUGAAUAUAUUUAUUACGUAGCACUGUGCUAAGCAGGAGUCUGAGGAACGGGGCCAUGUGGUAGCAGCAGUUGUGCGCAGCUUUUCCUUGCCAGCCUCUAGAAGCUCUGUCUGGGCUCUGGCAAGAACAGAAAUCAGGGAACCGGGCAGGUCUGAUGGAGUCUGAAUAUCAGCAAAAAGUGAUUUUUAACAAGCUCCGUAUUCUCUUUGUUUGCUGGGACCUGGUUGGCAAAUUGCUUAGCCAUUACUAGAAUUUUUUGAAAGAGGAAAGAAAGGAAAAGGAAAAGGAAUGAAGGAAACCCUCCCUGAACUCUUUUUCUGCUUCAAAUAAUGUAAUGAUUCUUGCUUCUCACCAAGGACAGGAGGUGGCCUGGGCUCCACCUUCACAAAGAAAGGAAAGACAAGAAUUGUCUUCCGACUGGCCCAGUUGCAUGCAGCGAGGUGAUUUUUGUCCAUGGGUCAUAUUCCUCUUAGCAAAAACAAAAACAAAAAAAAAAUCCAUGUUCUGCCCCAAAUGCAACUUCUCAUGCUCAGUGUCCCCUAUAAACCGUCUGGCAUCCUCUGAAUCCAAUCAAACCCAUGCUGAUUUUGCUUUUUAAGGUCUUUUCAGUAGUAAGUUAAGGAAAGGCAUGUUUUCCUCUUAAAUAUCUGCAACUCCAAAGUAGAUUACAUCCAAUCAAUUUAAUUUGGCCUUCUCAGCUUUCCUUAUUGUUUGGCACUGUUAACUUCAGUGUGAGUGUGUGCACGUGCGUGCCUGUGCGUGGAUGCACGCUUAACUCACCCAGGGCAGUUCUGUGAGUCUGCAUGUGCUUUUUAAUUUCUGCUUGAAUGUUUGUCACACUGCGCUGCUGCUUCUAAGGGAUAUUUGGUACAAGUGCAUGUGACUCAAAGAUCAAGAGUGAGGCUAAGUUGCCUCCUUCAUGGGUGAGUGUUGGUGCUUAGAAGCCAGCACUCAGGCUGAGGUAGCUCAUGGGGCUGCAGACCACACAGGUGGGAAGGGCUGGUUUGGAGCUCAAAGCAUCCUGCCAGGGUCCUCAUACUCUGCAACUGUCAAUUCAAAUUGGAGCCUAGCCUCAGCACAAUGUUUGGCCUGCUUCUUGCUUUGCCCUGGCAGAGUAUAGGGGUGGGACUGUGGUAUAUUUGUAGUGUCUCCCUACCAGUCAUUAACAGUGGUGACCAAGUGGAUCCCAGCACUCAGCUGGUGGAGAGGCUAGUGGAGUCAAUGAAAGACCCACCAUGUCUGUCAUUGAUAAUGAGUCAUCACUCAUGAACAUUCAGGUCAAGUGCCAGUGUGAGAAAAGGUAUUUGGAAACCUGGGCACAAUUAGGUGGUUUUCUAUAUUUUCCAUCUCUUGGUCCACAUGAAAGAGGGCUUGGCUCUGUCAUGAAAGAGGGAAAUUAGACUCCUCCUCUUUAUGUUAGAGAUCCAGAGUCAAAGGCCCUACAGUUGCAAUAAUUAAAAAACUGAACCCUAAAUUCUGCUCCCAGUCGUGACACCCUGCUCUUUUGUAAUUUCUGAAUUCAGUUCUGCAUCCAACUUGAAAAACAGAAAGCUUCUUUCCAUACCAAGCAUACUAAUUCACUUAAACUGUACCCUUCAAAGAUAAAUUACUAGAAAACAACAGUAGCCUCUUGCCUGUCCUUGGCUACUAGAAACCCUUGGAGUAGCUCCUCUACACCAUUCCCUAGCAGAAGGUUCCAGAUGGAAAGAUGGCUUGGGGGCAGCCUAGUUCUAACUGCCAGAUCUGCUGUGAGGGCUACAAUGCCUUAUCCAUUUUUGUUAAACUGGGUGCAGCAUGCCUGAUCUUGAAGUGUCCAGGACACAGACAAUAGAUGGAUGUUCUCCAUUUAACCCUGUGCUGGACCGCACGGGAAAAUUCCAACUGCUAACACAAAGUUCAUCUCUAGAAAAGGAAUUAUAUACCUGGCAAGCUUGGUGCAUAUCUUAAGGGCUACUUUUUUGAGCAUUUGACUUGUGACUUUGAAGCGCAUACUGAUUGCACGAAGUAGAAGAGGUCUCUAUGACAAUAUGAGUCAGUGCUUCCUUUAAAAUUUCUUCCAGAGAGCUCAGGCCAUCACAAAGUCUUCCUGUGUGAUUUAUUAGAAGAUUUGAAGAGCAGUUGGAAACAUAUACAGCUAGCCAUGCAUCUCCAUUUUGGUUUGGGGUUUGUUAUUAAAUGUUUUUAAUGUGACUUCUUCAAUAACUAAACAUAAGCUGCCUGUUCUCUGAAAUCUCAGAGAGAGAAACUAGAAUUAAUGAGUAACAAGGUGCAGGGAUGGGGGUGAUUUUCUACCUGUACUCUCUGUUCUCCCCUGACCCGAAAUCCAGGGCCUCCCAGCUGAGGCUCCUCUUCUGAAGCACAGGCUGUUGUAGUUCUGUUUUCAACCUUGGUCUCCUCCAUCUCAGCCUGGGAAAGCCCAGCUGGUAACAUUUCUAAAACUCUCACCUAAUAUUUUUACAUUUGGAAGCAGACAUCUUUUCCUAAGAAUUGCUUCUGAGAUGAUGAUAUAAAAUAUAUGUGCUUUCGCAAAUUUAAAAGAGUUUAAAUUAACCACUCUCGACUAAGUAAGUCUCUCUAAUGAUUGUGUACAGCAGAUUUGGUGUGGUUCUGGGGCGUGCGGCAGGGGCAGGGACAGUUCCAGGUUGUGCCCUAACAGAUCCCUGCUUCUGAUUGUCCUGAAAGAUGGUGGAAGGGAAUGAACUCUGUCCCAUCAACCCUUCUGUGUCCUCUGAAGCAAGCACAGAUUUAUAAAUCACUUCAUUUGUAUUUCUGGUAGCUAUUUAAUCUGUACUUCAUAUUGCCAGCCCUGAUUUUAUUUUAUUUUUAAAGUUAUUCUUCUUCUGAUGAACCAAGUGUUGGUAUACCUUUAAACUUGCUCUUUCAGGCUCCCUUUGGAAGAACCUUCCAGAAAAAAGAUCACUUAGGGCUUGAGAUUUGCAAUGAUACCAUCUAACAAUGACAAUGUGCACUAAGUAGAUUCCCCAACAACCCUGUGAUGGGAGAAAGAGAAAGCUAUACUUUGGCAUUAAAAAAAAAAAGUCAUUAUCCUUCCAUUUGCUGCCCAGUAAGCAGAGAGAGAUGGUAAUGGAUGUGUUCAGCAUAUAGAUUAUUAAUUGAUUAUUAAUUGAUGGUAAACCCAAAAAGAAAGAGGGGGUUUGUCAGUUUAAAUGGAAACUUUCUAAGCAGUGAAUGUGUGCACAAUAAAAUUCAAAGUUUUCUGCAGCUUCGUAUAACUGAAUGGUGGUUGUGAUCAUCAAACAGAAUUCUCCCACACCUCUUGGAAGAGCAGAGUGCCCAUGAAUAACUUCCUGAGCCCUCUGAUGGAAGGUGGAAGGAUAGGGCGUUACCAUUCUGAAGGGGUGGAAACGCACCCUCUCCUGGCUAGCUAUGUCUCUGUCCCUUAUGGAGGGAGAUAGUCAUCCACAGACUGGUGUUCUUUGGGGAUUUGGCGUGUAUACAGUCUUGUGAUAAAUGUGAGUUGUGUCUGUGUGUUACUGAGGGCCCUGCAUAGAGGCUCUCAAGGUUCUUCAUUUUAAGCUGGGUUUGUGGCUUUUUAUCAACUGGUGAAAGGCAUCAGCUCUUCCUGUCUUCCCUCUCCUUUCGGAAAUACAAAAGCAGAUGUUUAGAAGGAACGUCUUGAAAUGCUGUGUUGUGUUCCCCGUGAAAGUGAGGUGGGUGUGCGUGUGCACCCGAGUACCUCGUGCUUGUGUGCACAGGAGGGGGGCUGGCCUGUCCUGUGUUGAUGAGCUGCGCAGUCCCCACCUGCUCCAUGCUCCUGUUGGAGCAGCACUUCCACGCUCCCUCGCCACUCCACCCCGCAUCCUGCUGUACCACAGCUCGUGAAUAAAGCCGUGCGCUUCCUUCCUAA